ACUUCUCUACCAAAAUCAGGCACCGUACAUGUUGCACCCACAUUCCACACGGCUACGAUUUCCAACAGCGUCUCAAUUCAGCCUCGAACUGAAGCGCGCAUUGAGAUGGCCUAGGAAGAAAAGGCAACACCAGAAACAAUGCACAAAUACCGUCGCGAGGCGAAGUAUGCCGCUUGGUACAAUGACCCUGUGGACGGCAAGUCGAGUUUCGGGAAUCCCUUUGCAAAAUGGAGGCCCAACACAAGAUCAAACACGAUGCGCACAACGGAGGAGGGCCAACAAGAUCGGGAGCCCAUGACAGGGGGUGCGCUUCGGGGAGACGAUACCCCAAACGACUCGCCCUUGACAGCAACACUUACAGAUGAUCCCAACGACUACAGACUCUCGGAAGAUCGCAGACAAAAGCCCCCACGACAUGCGGGUACCGAGCCUGCAAUCUCAUCCGCCACUAGAUCAUAUCCUCCUGGCGACGACAUCUCGAUUCCACGCGCCCAAAGUCCCGAACCAGUCAAAGGUAUCAAAGAGGAAAAUGAACCUUCGCGCACGGAAACCAGCUCUGACACCGUGGUCAACGGCACCGGUAACGGCGCGGUCCGAAACCGUACAACGACCUCCAAAGAAGAAAAGCAUGGUCUGAAGAAGUUGUUCAGCAAAAAAGAGAAAACGGAUGAGGAACCUGACAACAACAAUGGCAAGGUGAAGAAAAAGUACACUCUGUGGAGCCAAAUUCGCGCGACGAUAUUCAACUCCUGGGUCAAUGUGCUUUUGAUUUUCUCCCCUAUCGGUAUCGCCGUCUAUUACGCAAAGAUCAGUCCAGUGGCCGUCUUUGUUAUCAACUUCAUCGCCAUCAUUCCCUUGGCAGGUAUGCUAAGCUACGCAACCGAAGAAAUUGCGCUGCGUGUCGGAGAAGUCCUGGGCGGUUUGCUCAACGCCUCCUUUGGAAACGCCGUCGAAUUGAUUGUAUCGAUCAUCGCGUUGGCCAAGGAUCAAGUGUUGAUCGUCCAAACUUCACUCAUUGGCAGUAUGCUCUCGAACUUGCUCCUGGUCAUGGGCAUGUGCUUCUUCUUUGGUGGUGUCAAUCGCAUGGAACAAGCAUUCAACCUGACCGUGGCACAAACUGCAUCCAGUCUUCUAUUCUUGGCUGUGGCUAGUCUGAUCAUUCCCACUGCUUUUGAAGAAUGGGCAGACAUAUCAACUACAACCACCGGUGAAACAAGCACCAAGCCGGGUGUGGCCUCAGUCAGCAGAGCUACAGCUGUGCUUCUCUUGCUCGUCUAUGCCUGCUACCUAUUCUUCCAAUUGAAGAGUCACGCAGAAAUCUACAACACUCCAGGCGAGAAGAACAAGAAACGAAAUGUUGGUGAGAAGUUCAAGAAAACCGUGAUUCCGGAGAAAUACCGCAAAAGAACACCUGAUCAGAGACAAGACGACUUUGACGCACCAAGAGAGGAGGAGGCAGAGGAGCCGGCUCUAUCCAUCACCACAGCCAUCAUCACAUUGGCUGCUUCCACUGUUCUUGUUGCUCUGAACGCCGAAUAUCUGGUCGACUCCAUCAAUUCCAUCACCUGUGGUGGUGGUAUCUCCAAGAACUUCGUUGGUCUCAUCUUGUUGCCCAUUGUCGGAAAUGCCGCCGAACACACUACUGCAGUCACCGUGGCAGUCAAAGACAAAAUGGAUCUGGCUAUCGGAGUUGCUGUCGGAUCCAGCAUGCAAAUUGCCCUCUUGGUCUUGCCUUUUGUUGUGGUCCUCGGUUGGAUCAUGGGCAAAGACGAUAUGACCUUGUUCUUUGAUGGCUUCCAGAUUGCUGUUCUCUUUGUGGCAGUCUUGCUGGUCAAUUAUUUGAUUGCAGAUGGCAAAUCUCACUGGCUGGAGGGUGUUCUAUUGAUGAUACUGUACAUCAUCAUUGCAACGGCUGCUUGGUACUAUCCCACCGCGCCGGGUCUCAGUGACUGCCCGGCUUAGGCGAGUGCGAUGGUAUCAGGCCGAGCAUGUUUGCAUUUUGUAUCAACACUGCUCACGAAUGCUGCUUUGUCCGGCUUCAUCCAGUGCCGCGAUCCAGUCAAGAGCCUUUCGAGCCGGUCUUU